AUGGCCGCGGCGGGGUGGCCGCCCCGCGUCGCUCAAGCCCCCGCGCGCCAGCGACAAAGAUGGCGACGCCGGCGCUUCCGGCGCGCGAGCGAGGGACGGUGCCGGGAAGGAAUAAUGGCGGCGGCCGUGGUGGGGUGGGCGCCCGCGCCGCUGCUUGUCAACCUCGGCGGGUCGCUGCUGGGCUUCGCGGCCACGGUGACGCUGAUCCCGGCCUGCGCGGAGCGGUUCGUGGCCGCGCGGCUCUGCGGGCGGGACCUGAACAAGGCGUCGCGCCGUCCCGUCCCCGAGGCGCAGGGCGUGAUCAGCGGCGCCGUGUUCCUCGUCACCCUCUUCUGCUUCAUCCCCGUGCCCUUCCUGAGGUGCUUCGUGGAGGAGCAAUGCGCCGCCUUCCCGCACGACGAGUUCGUCGAGUUCAUCGGCUCACUCCUUGCCAUCUGCUGCAUGAUCUUCCUGGGCUUUGCGGACGAUGUCCUGGACCUGCGCUGGCGCCACAAGCUCCUUCUUCCCACCAUGGCUUCCCUCCCGCUUCUCAUGGUCUACUUCACCAACUUUGGGAACACGACCAUCGUGGUGCCGAAGCCCUUCCGUUCACUGCUGGGAAUGCACCUGGACCUGGGUAUCCUCUACUACGUGUACAUGGGCAUGCUGGCGGUGUUCUGCACCAACGCCAUCAACAUUCUCGCUGGGAUUAACGGCAUUGAAGCGGGACAGUCUCUGGUGAUAGCUGCUUCCAUUAUCAUCUUCAACAUCGUAGAGCUGAAUGGUGAUUACCGAGAGGAUCACAUUUUUUCUCUCUACUUCAUGAUUCCCUUUUUUUUUACCACGCUGGGGCUGCUUUAUCACAACUGGUACCCAUCGCGAGUGUUUGUUGGGGACACCUUCUGCUAUUUCGCUGGCAUGACCUUCGCCGUGGUGGGGAUCCUGGGGCACUUCAGCAAAACCAUGCUGCUUUUUUUCAUCCCACAAGUGCUCAACUUCCUCUACUCCUUGCCUCAACUCUUCCACAUCAUUCCUUGUCCCCGUCACCGGCUGCCGAGGCUCAAUCCUAGUACAGGGAAGUUGGAGAUGAGCUACUCCAAAUUCAAAACUAAGAACCUCUCUUCCCUGGGAACAAACAUUCUGAAGGCAGUCAAGAUCUUGCACAUAGUAGAUGUGAGGAACGGAAUGGAUGAAGAUGGCGAAUACACCGAGUGUAAUAAUAUGACGCUUAUUAAUUUGGUCAUAAAACUCAUUGGACCCACCCAUGAGCGAAACCUCACUCUCCUGUUGCUACUCGUUCAGGUUCUGGGCAGCAUGAUUGCAUUUUCAAUACGGUACCAACUUGUGCGCUUGUUUUAUGAUGUCUGAUGGGAGCAAGGAAAGGAGCGGUACCUGUCCGUCAUUUUUUUUCCGGUUGCUGACCUUGCCACAGCCCUCCGAGGGCCUCGAGACUCCUGUCAAAAUGCAACAACUACUCUGCCAGGGUCUUGAACUGUAGCCAUCUGAGUUUUGUGCACAGAGGUUUCUGUCCGAUUCCGCUGACAGAAGAGAUUCAUUGCUGCUUGCACAUCAUUAUCACUGGGAAUACCUGUCAGAGGGGAAGGACGUAGCCAAAUGUUUACUCACAGCACAUCGCGGAAGUGAGAAAGGUUAAAUCUUUAAACCUCUGACAAGCAUGUUGCUGUUCCCAAAGAGAGAAAAUGGGAACAUCAAUUUGUGUGGACUCUGUACAGCAGGACAAGUAAACCAGAACCCUCUCCUGGCUUCUCCAGUCCUGUUUUUAGUCCAUGGACAUUGAGUGACAUGGACCAUACCCAAAACUCUGAGCGCUCUGAGAAUAAAAUAACUCACAGCACCUUUCCCCUUCAGUGCUUUGCCUCAAGAACGUCUCACACAGUGAAACCAGGUUACAGGACAUGCUCUGUGGCCGCCUGCCCUGCCGGGGGCCAUCAUUUCUGCCCUAGACUCCCUCCUCUCUCUCAGCUGCCAGUGAAGUUCCCACCACAGGGCUUCUUUUCACAAACAUCUUUAUCGUUUGCCUUCCUUUGUGGAACAGGACACAUCAGGAACAGGCUACCGGAGUGAGGAUCACCGUGUC